AUGCCCUCCCCCAUCGCAGAUCGCCGAAAAGCGCGUUCCAAAAACGGAUGUUUGACAUGUCGUAUUCGAAAAGUCAAGUGUGAUGAACAAAGACCAGUUUGUAAACGCUGUGAGAACAGUCCUAACAAGUGUGAAUGGCUUGAACCGGGCCAGGCACUUAGUGCAAGGGGGAAGAGGGUUGAGAGUCCUGCGUACGGAAGUCCGAGAUUGCUUGCGUCUAGUGAAUCGCCUGCGAGUUUUGACUCGGGAAGUCCUGUUUCACCAGCGAGCGGACAUGACUUUCCACGGUCGCAUUUAGCAGCGGCGCAUAUACCGCUUGCGAAUUCACUGCAGUUGAGUGAGCAGGACAGAGCGGCCUUUGCGUACAUCCCUUAUUCGACUAUGGUGGUGAGUUACGGAAAGCUCUGGCCGUGGAGUUGUUUCUCGUAUAUCUAUGCGAAUAUCGCGAGUGUGUAUCCCGGCGUGAUGAGGAGUUUUAUCGCAGUUGCGAAUAUGGAGCUACGAGCGAGGGAUCUUCUUGAGGCGGGUGCUUCGGAGAGGGCGAGUCGGCUUGGCGCUUCAGCAGCGGUGCAUUAUACACAGGCAUUGAAGGAUCUGUCGUCGUUGUUGGAUCGUAUUUGUCAGACGCCGGAGCAGAACUGUGAUAUCGAUGCGUUGUUUACGAUGUGGUUUCUAAUCAUGAGGUAUGAGGCUUGUGAUUCCGAGACUACGGGGGCGUCGUUGCUGCAUCUUGAUGGGAUACGGUUGUUCUUGAGGCCGUAUUUGCGGGAUGAUGGACAGGCGACUGAGAAGAAGCUACCUUGUGUUGCGCAGGCGAUGUUACUGUAUACGUUAUACCUCGACGCGGACUCGGCAACAGGCAACAUGAACAGCGGACAGUUCUGUCUUGACUUUCUAUCGCGCGAUGCUCAUGACUACAUCUCACAUGAACAUCUCUUCCUCAGUGUCAGAUCAGCUCUUCCCAAAAUGUGGGGUGAACAAUAUCCUAUAUCAGAACUCCUCGACGAUUUGGAGAACUACCGCCCUCUUCGCUUAUAUCAUCUAUGUCAAGGAUCAAAGCUUGAGCUCCUCAGACUAGCACGGUCAAAAACGCACGGUGGAUAUGAUGAUCUGAAAAAACUCUGGCGACAUGUCGAAAGCUUCGGUGACGAAUUCGCCGAUAUCCUCCUCCUAGCAAAGAAAACACCCUCCUCCGGCGGAAAACGUCUCAUGUGGACAGUCUACGCCGCUGCCCUCGACUUCCACGCCCUGCAGAUCCUCUGCUCCAGCCUAGACACCUACAACGAAACGCCCUUCAAGCCCGAGCCCUCCCUAUCCUACAUCUUCAGCGUCGCCACAAAAGCCCUCGAAGAAGACCCCCGCCAGGUGUAUCGUUUUAUGUGGUCGCUCUCUGUAGCACUCAGCAAGAUGAAUCAGGCUUGGUUAUCUACGCAGCUUGCUAAAGCGAGGGUUUUACUACCGCGGUUUGGAGUUCCGGGGUUGAUACUUGAGCAGUGUGUGGGGUUGCAUGUCAGUAACGAGGGAGCACAGUAACUCGUUUAUUCUUGUAUGACCUUGUAAUUAAAAGUUUAUAGAUUUGCUUU